CACACACAGACUUUCUCCCCUUCGCACACUCGCACACACACACUUCUAAACACCAAUAGAGAGCUCCCCUCCAUCCAGCUGGCUCUAACGGGGAGAUAUUCAGCGCUCCUCGUCGCCAGACAGAACGGUAAUAUAUGACCCUCGCUGCUGCCCGGCACACACACGGACACACACACACACACACACACACACACGGACACACACACACACACACACGGACACACGCACACACACGGACACACGCACACUGUUAAAACACUGAAGGAGUUCUGGAGAGCAGCAGCGGGGCUUGUGGUCACAUCCCUCUCAUCGAUCUCCUGGCCGCUCGCUGCCGUGUUUCCCUUGGAGCGCCGGGCGACCCAAAUGACAGCCCGCUGGCCGCCGCAUCUGUUGACGAUCCGGAGCCGCGGCGCGGCGCCAGGAUGACGAGGCAACGCGGGGACGGCGAAUGAGGGACGUGAGAAAAAAGGCAAAAAAAAGAAGCAGCGGGACAAACUUCAAACCAUCUCAGCAGCCCGGAGCGUAGCCCACGCUCGUUACCGGCCGUCAAGGAGAGCUCGGUGCUGGAGCGGCGAGGAGCCUGCAGGUACCUCAGGCACACGUCUGUCCGCCCGCCUCACGUCCGUCUGUCUUCUGUUAUGCCUUCUCCCUGCGUCGCGCCAGCAGCACCGUUUCCCCGGGGAGAGAGAGACGGAGAACUGUGAUUUAUGUCGACGGCAGGAAUGACUCGGGCGAGACGUUGCGCCCCGUGGCUCUCGGCGUUCCUCUGCGCGUCUGUCGCUCUGUGUUUAGGUGCCCUGGGAGCGGAGAGGGAGGCCGGGGCGCGGGUCACCUGCCGCCAGCCCUGUGAGGAGUUCCUGGGCGUCCUGACGGAGAUCCAGGGCCUGCGCCUGGUCACCAGCAACCUGCUGGAGGACCUGCAGAAAGUGGUCUACGAGAACGAGGAGAUGCGUCUGGCGUUGGCGGAGAUGGAUCGGAACGCCACGGACCGCGAUGCCAUGCGGGGCGGCAACGCCGUGGGGUACAGGGACAAGGGGGGAGGGGGAGAUGGGGAUCGGGAGGAGGGGGACGGGGGAGGGGAGGGCGAUGGGGGAGACGGCACCCGGCUACCGGACAGCGGCCGCGACCGCACCAGGUUACCGGACAGCCACCGCAACCGCGCCCGGUUACCGGACAGCCACCGCGUCCGCGCCCGGUUACCGGACAGCGACCAAGACGGCGCCCGGUUACCGGACAGUGACCGCGACGGCGCCCGGUUACCAGACAGCGACCGCGACGGCGCCCGGUUACCAGACAGCGACGGCGCCCGGUUACCAGACAGCGACGGCGCCCGGUUACCGGACAGUGACCGCGACGGCGCCCGGUUACCGGACAGUGACCGCGACGGCGCCCGGUUACCAGACAGCGACCGCGACGGCGCCCGGUUACUGGACAGCGACCGCGACGGCGCCCGGUUACCGGACAGCGACCGCGACGGCGCCCGGUUACCGGACAGCGACCGCGACGGGGAGAUGUGGUGCGUGCAAGACGGACGGAUGUACGACCACCGGGAGGACUGGCAGCUGGACAGCUGUACUUCCUGUUCCUGUCAGGGUGGACAGGUGGUGUGUCGCCAGAAGUCCUGCCCCCCUGCCUACUGCGCCACCCCCACCUUCAUGGAGGAAGAGUGCUGCCCCGUGUGUCUAUCCAAAGAGGACGGCUGGUCCCCGUGGACCGAGUGGACCGAGUGCUCCGUGACGUGCGGCCGCGGCGGCCAGCAGAGGGGGCGGUCCUGCGAUGACGUCAGAGCGUCCUGCGCCGGCCCCUCGGUCCAAACCCGCAGCUGCAUGCUGGCCAAGUGCGACCGCAAAGGGCGGCUGGACGGGCUCUGGGGGACGUGGUCGCCCUGGUCCACGUGCACCGCCGCGUGCGGGGAGGGGAACAUGACGCGGGUACGACUCUGCAACAACCCGGGGCCCCAGCGGGGGGGGCGGGGCUGUGCGGGCUCCGCCAGGGAGACGCAGCCGUGCGGGAAACCCCAGUGUCCGGUCGCGGGGGGCUGGUCCUCUUGGUCGGAGUGGUCCUCGUGCUCUCAGUCGUGUGGCGGGGGUCUGACCACGCGCGUGCGAGACUGCUCUAGCCCCGCCCCCCAGCACGGGGGCAGGGUGUGCUGGGGGGACGCGGUGGACUACUCCAUGUGCAGCCGGACGGCCUGCCCUGCAGAUAUGUGCCAGUUGUUACGUCCCUGUUUCCCGGGCGUUGAGUGCACGUCCCACGCUGACGGGUCCUGGGACUGUGGCCGCUGUCCUCCUGGUUUACAUGGCAACGGCUCCAACUGUGAGGACGAGGACGAGUGUCAAGUGCAGGGCGUGUGUGUGACGGAGUGCGUGAACACCGACCCCGGGUUCUACUGCCUGCCCUGCCCUCCCUGGUACCGAGGCAGUCAGCCCUACGGCCUGGGCAUGCAGGCCGCCCUGGAGACCAGACAGGUAUGCGAGCCGUACAACCCCUGCAAGGACAACACCCACACCUGCCACCCCCACGCCCUCUGCCGCUACCUGGGCCUGGCCUCCGAGGUGCUGUACCGCUGCCGCUGCGUGGUGGGCUACGCCGGAGACGGCUUCCUGUGCGCCGAGGACUCAGACCUGGACGGCUGGCCCAAUCACGGCCUGACGUGCGAACGGAACGCCACCUACCACUGUCAGAGGGACAACUGCCCCGGGCUUCCCAACUCGGGACAGGAGGACCUGGACAAUGACGGGGUGGGGGACGCCUGUGACCCUGACGACGACAACGACGGCAUCGUUGAUGAGAGGGACAACUGCCCCCUGGUGUACAACCCCCGCCAGGCCGACUCGGACCGGGACGGCGUGGGCGACCGCUGCGACAACUGUCCGUUCGACGACAACCCGCUGCAGACGGACACGGACGACAACGGGGAGGGGGACGCCUGCAGCAUCGACAAGGACGGAGACGAGGUGCUGAACGACCGGGACAACUGUCCCCUGGUCUACAACACGGACCAGAGAGACACGGAUAUGGACGGGGUGGGAGACCAGUGUGACAACUGUCCCCUGCUCAACAACCCGCGACAGAUGGACUCGGACAGCGACCUCGUCGGGGACCUGUGCGACGACAACGAGGACAUCGACGAGGACGGCCACCAGAACUCCCUGGACAACUGUCCCUACGUCGCCAACAGCAACCAGGCCGACCACGAUCGCGACGGCCGCGGCGACGCCUGUGACCACGACGACGACAACGACGGUAUCCCUGACGACCGCGACAACUGCCGGCUGGUCCCCAACCGCGACCAGCUGGACUCUGACGGUGAUGGCUGCGGGGACGCGUGCCGCGAUGACUUCGACAACGACAGCGUUCCAGACGCGCUGGACCCCUGCCCGGAGAACAGCAACAUCCAGGUCACCGACUUCAGGCGCUUCCAGGUGGUUCUGCUGGACCCCAGCGGCACCACGCAGUCCGACCCGCUCUGGGUGGUCCGCAGCCAGGGCACCGAGCUGCUGCAGACUGCCAACUCCGACCCCGGCAUCGCUAUCGGUUUCGACAAGUUCAGUUCGGUGGACUUCAGCGCCACGUUUUACGUGAACACCAACCGGGACGACGACUACGCUGGCAUCGUGUUCGCCUACCAGUCCAGCCGUCGCUUCUACGUGGUCAUGUGGAAACAGGUGUCCCAGGCCUACUGGGAGACCAAGCCGUCCCGGGCCUUCGGGGAGGCGGGGGUCUCCAUCAAGCUGGUCAACUCCACCAUGGGGCCCGGGGAGUACCUCCGCAAUGCCCUGUGGCACACCGGGAACACCAGGAACCAGGUCAAAACACUGUGGCAUGACCCCAACAACAUUGGAUGGAAAGACUUCACGGCCUACCGCAUGCACCUUAUCCACAGACCCAAGACUGGUUUCAUCAGGGUGGUGGUGUACGAGGGCCGGGACAUCAUGGCGGACUCGGGGCCCGUGUACGACCACACGCUGGCCGGGGGCCGGCUGGGGCUCUUCGUCUUCUCCCAGGAGCACGUCAUCUUCUCCGACCUCCGAUACGAGUGCAGAGAUAUCUGAGUUUUUGCUGGGAAAGUCUCAAAAGCUCCAGGCAGAGAUGUAGGAAAAUAUAACUAAUUGAGAGUGAACUGAGAGUGAAUACCAAGAAGGAGAGAAAAUAAGACAGGGAGAGAGAAUGUACUUAAAUGACUCUGGAGGGAAAGAUAAAAGGGGAGGUAAGGUCACUAAAAACUGGGCGAUCACGACUGACUUAAUGGUUUGGUCUCUCGACGUCCGCCUCACAGCAUGGUGACCUUGUUGAGGCGGCCUUAACAAUCUGAAACUGUUCCUUUUUGUACUCUUACAAUGGCUUUUUAUUUGCAUUUCAAGGCAUUCAAAUAAUCUAGAUAUGCAGUUAUUACUCAACUUUUAAAUGGAACCGCUGAAAUAACGACAUCCAAAAUUCUUAUGACCAAACUUUAUUUUGCCUGCUUACCUUCCUAAUAUCAUGAUCAUGUUUUUAAUGUUAAUGUUCCUUGACAGGUCAGUGCUCGAUAGUUAUUGAAAGCCCCCUGAAGCCAGUCAGAAGAACUAGACACACUACUCCCCUCUAGUGGCGAUGUUUGUUAAUACACGAUGAAAGACGAACUCAUGGAUGACCUUCGUUUGUAAAUCCGAAAUUACAUUUGCAUUACAUUAUUAAUUAUAUCUACAUGAUAACCAUUUGCACUCGUGUAAAUGUUUCACCCCUGUGAACACCAAUAUGCUCUUCUCUUAGUCAUACAGGGAGAACUUACAAUUCUAACUUUAAAAGUAUUAAAAACAUUUAAUAAAAAAUAUAGAUAUUUGUU